UUGUGGUGGUCAACAACGCUUUAAGCGAACACGGAAGUACAUGGUGGAGACGCCUCUUGUGUCAUCCAAAGAGCUUCUCUACUGUGUAGCAUAGCGGUGUUGCAUGAUUUGAGCUAACUUGUUUUCAUUUCGGAGCCUUUUUUCAGUUUCGCUCAGAUGCCAAAUAAUGUCGUUAAACGUCCAGGAGUCGGUGUCGGGGUGCUGGUAACGGACUCGGCUCACCCAGGCUGUGUACUCUUGGGGAAACGAAAGAGCGCGGUGGGCAAAGGGAAAUACCAGCUCCCAGGAGGUCACCUGGAGUUCGGGGAGACUUGGGAGGAAUGUGCCCACAGAGAGGUGCUGGAAGAAGCUGGGGUGGGUUUGGUGAACACCCACUUUGCAUCAGUAGUUAACGCCAUCAAGCUGGAGGAACAGUACCAUUAUGUUACCAUAUUCAUGCAAGGAGAAUUGGACAGGCAGUCAGGAGAGCCACAAAACCUGGAACCAGACAAAAAUGAAGGCUGGACGUGGACACGCUGGGAUGAUUUUCCUCCAGAGCAGCAGCUCUUCAUGCCACUGGCCCGCUUGAGGCAGCAAGGCUUUCAACCAUUCAGGAACAAAGACAGUUGAGCCUGAAACUUCCAGUUAUAUUAUGAGACACUGUUACUCCACAAGGAUAAUACAGGGACACUGUUUAAAAACU